AUGUCUUCUACCGAAGGGACCAUCAAAGUUAAGCAGGGUCUUGCCCAGAUGUUGAAGGGAGGUGUCAUUAUGGACGUUAUGACUGUUGAGCAAGCUAAAAUUGCCGAGGCUGCUGGUGCUGUUGCCGUUAUGGCACUCGAGCGUAUCCCUGCUGAUAUCCGUGCUGACGGUGGUGUUGCUAGGAUGUCGGAUCCCAAAAUGAUUAAGGAGAUCAUGGAUGCUGUGUCGAUCCCU